UUCUGGGGGGCUCUUGGCGAGUGUUAGGAUCCCGAGUCUACUAGGACGGCCCGCCCGGAGCUGAGACGCUCCCGGCUGCCUCUUUCAAGCCGUGGCACGAGCCAGCGCUUCUCUCCGUACCUACCUUGUCAGCACUCUAUUCUCCUUUGGCAAGAAAAUUAAGAAGGAAGGGAUGGCUACGGACUUGCUGCCUGCUCAGGAGUCUGUGACAUUCAGAGAUGUGGCUGUGCUCUUCAGCCAGGAUGAAUGGUUGCAUCUGGACUCUGCCCAGAGAACCUUGUAUCGGGAGGUGAUGCUGGAGAAUUACAGCAGCCUGGUCUCACUCGGAAUUCCAUUUUCAACACCUAAGGUGAUUUGCCAGUUGCAACAAGGAGAAGAUCCCUGCAUGGUGGAAAGAGAAGCUCCUCCAGACACAUGCCCAGAUUUCAAGACUUUGCCUGAGAUAGAAGAAUUGCCUGCUUCACAGGACGUUUUUAUUGAAGCAACAACUCAUGGAAUAAUAAAGAAAAAAUCCACUAAGUAUGUUCCCCGGGACAUCAACUUUGGAGAAACUGUGAAAUCUGAGAGGAGCAUAGUACAGGAGAAACCUCUUAGGCAAAUGGCAGCCUCCCCCAAAAAAACCGUCAGCGGAGGUGGAAACCCUACAAGUCUUGAACUAGAGAAAGGCUCAUUGAUAAACAAAAUUAUUGUUUCACAACAGAGUAUUCCCAUAGAAAGGAUACCCAAUAUGUAUUACACUUUUGGGAAAGAUUUUACACCAAAUUUUGAUUUAAUGAGAUGCUUCCAAAUCUACCCAGGAGCAAAACCUCAUGUCUGUAACGAAUGUGGGAAGAGCUUCACCCAGAGUCUUCAUCUUCUUGAACACCAGAGAAUUCAUACUGGGGAAAAACCCUACAAGUGUAAUGAGUGUGGGAAAGCCUUCAGCCACAGGUCUUCCCUUCUUACCCAUCAGAGAAUCCACACUGGAGAGAAGCCUUACAAAUGUAAUGAAUGUGAAAAAGCUUUUAGCAGCAGUUCAACUCUGAUCAAACAUCUGAGGGUGCACACUGGAGAGAAACCCUACCGAUGUAGGGAAUGUGGUAAAGCCUUUAGCCAGUGUUCAACCCUCACUGUGCACCAGAGAAUUCAUACUGGAGAGAAACUCUAUAAAUGCAGUGAAUGUGAGAAGGCCUUCAACUGUAGAGCCAAAUUGCAUAGACAUCAAAGAAUUCAUACAGGUGAGAAACCAUAUAAAUGCAGUGAGUGUGGGAAAGGUUACAGCCAGUUUGCCUCCCUAGCUGAACAUCAGAGACUCCAUACUGGAGAACAACUGUGUCAAUGUUUAGAAUGUGGGAGAACCUUCACACGCAUCUCCACCCUUAUUGAACAUCGACGGAUUCAUACUGGACAGAAACCCCAUCAGUGUAACGAGUGUGGGAAGACCUUCAACCAGUAUUCAUCCUUUAAUGAACAUCGGAAAAUUCAUACUGGGGAAAAACUUUAUACAUGUGAAGAAUGUGGGAAAGCCUUUGGUUGCAAAUCCAAUCUUUAUAGACACCAGAGAAUCCACACUGGAGAGAAACCCUACCAGUGUAAUCAGUGUGGAAAGGCAUUCAGCCAGUAUUCAUUCCUUACUGAACAUGAGAGAAUCCACACUGGAGAGAAACUCUAUAAGUGUAUGGAAUGUGGGAAAGCCUACAGUUACAGAUCAAACCUCUGUAGACACAAAAAAGUCCACAAUAAAGAAAGACUCUUUAAAUGGAAUAUGGAAAACCUUUUAUCUAUGGCUCCUCCCUUACUCAGUACCAGAGAUACUUGAGAUGAGAGAAGCCUACGAACUUUAAUUCAUCUCUUUCAUAAUCCAGGACUUUUCACUGGACAAUAAUCAGGAGAAUAGUAAAUAAGGGGACCUAAUAGAUUUAAUCUUUUUACUUUUAUAGGAAAAAAGCUAGUUACACUAAGUCACGGUAAAUAGACGAGUGAAAAUAUGAAGAGCACUGACUUUUCAUUUUAUAAGAACCACUGGAUUCUAAGGUUUCCAAAAACUUUUCAUUUUUUUAAAUUUGUAGAAAAAUUAUA